GUUUCAGGUGUGACGAUGUCUGACGACAAAUACGAGCUGCUGAAGAAGAUCGGCGGGGGGUCAUAUGGAGUUGUGUACAAGGGCAGGAAACGGGACAACAAAGACAAGGUGUGCGCCCUCAAGUACAUCCCCAAGAAUGUUACAGAGAAACACAUCAAGGAUGCUCGGAACGAGAUUCACAUCCUCAAGCGACUGAGGCAUCCCACAUUGUACAGAUGCUGGACAGCUUCGAGACAGACAAACAUAUCGUGCUUGUGUUCGAGUACGCUGUCAAGGAAUUGUUCAAGGCUAUGAGGUCAGAGCCCAAGGGGAAGUUCAAGGAAGAAAAGGUGCGCGAGAUCUCGUGCCAGAUCUGUUCUGGGUUGUACUACCUCCAUUCCGAGAAGGUGCUCCACAGAGACCUCAAACCACAGAACAUCCUCGUAACCCAGGGCAACAUAAUUAAGAUUUGUGACUUUGGAUUCGCGCGAAUGAUGGAAGAAAAAUACUAUGCCAGAACUAUCCAGGGGACGCUGAUCUACAUGGCACCGGAACUGUUUGGUCAUGAGGCAUUUGUCCACUAUACAGAGAAAGUGGACAUUUGGGCUCUUGGGUGCAUUAUAUACGAACUAUUUGUUGGUAAACGACUAUUCGAAACAAAGAGCUUGAAAGCUCUGUGUAAGCUGCAUCGUAAUGUAGAGCUCCCGAAGAAGAUGAGCAGCAAGCUGACGGACCUGCUUCAGAGGCUGCUGGUGUGUGACCAACACAGUCGACUCAACUGGCCCAAUAUUCUAAACCAUCCGUGGUUCAAGACUGGCAUACCUGUAUCAGAGGCAGACUUGGCCAGGGAAAGUCCAUACACUAAACCGGAAAUAGGCGCGAAGAAACGUCAGGAACAUCAUCAGAAGGUACGAAUUGUCCGACACUCCAGAAGUAUGCGUCGAAGGAGACCAGAUGCUGGUAGAGUGAAAGGGCUUCAAGUUGAAUCUCGACCUGAUAAUCUGGAUGCAAAGGAACGCGAAGCGGCAUCUGGAGCCGAUAAUCUUCACAAGAACGAGGAUGCCUCAAGAACUGACAAUCUUGAUGUAAAGAACACCCAAACUGCAUCGAGAACGGAACAUGUUACCAGUAGUGCCGUUUUUCCCCGAGUACCAGACAGAUGGGUGGCAUCUGGCACAGAUGUCGUUGACGCAGCUGAGGACGAUGUCGAUGUCGAUGGUGUGGACGGGUUUGGGGAGGACGAUGACUUUGUGAUAUUGGAGGAAGCAAUGGCAGAGGUAGAUAUUGAUGACGAUGUAGACGUUGUUGUGAUCAUUGGACUUGAGGAUGAGGAUGAGGAGGGACACUUUGGUCACGAGAAUGAAGAUGAAGAAGAUGACGAGGAUGGCGAUGAAGGUUCAGAGGACUGAGAUGAAACCCAUUUGGCAGCAAUUUAGCAUUUAGAAUUCAUAUUGAAUAUGAUGUCGAAAGUAUGGCUAUAUAGACUGACGUACAACAGAAAGUAGCAUCUCAUAGGCAUUUAGGAGUUGGACGAACAUGAAUACAUGACACGUUUUGUGGAUUUUAUAUUUUUACUUUUUUAUCACGACGUUUCAGAGCUAAUUCUUGCUCCUUAAUCAGGCGAAUGACGCCUAGUUCUUUGGAACUAUUGUAAAAAUACGAAACAACGUAGAAUUGUUUUAAAUAAUACCCUAAAAAAACAAGGUUGUACUUUCUCUUGAAUGUCAGUUGUAUAAUUUGUCAAUUUCAAUGUAUGUCAUUCCAUUCAUCAAGUGAAUGCUCGCGGCGCAAUAUUAUCAUUACCAAGGUCUUUUGGAUGUGUAUGUACUCAAAUGUCAUUCUCAUCUCCCUUAGGAGUAUACAUUUUUACAUUGUAUUAUCGCCAAACAUGCAGGUGUUAGAAUACUGACUGAACAUGUUACUCAAACUGAAGUUUUUAGUACAAACCAACAAUCAUACCCAGUCUUGUAUCUUUUUUAUGUAUAGCAGUAAAAGAUGUUACUCUUUGCUUCA